AUGAAUGAAAUCACAAUCGGAUGGAUGAAAACGUCAUCUGGUAAGCAUCAAUAUGCUUCUAACAUACAACAUUUUCAACAGCAUCCGAAUCAAAAACUAAAGAGUCAAGAGAAAAAAUCUAUGAAAAAAAAUGUUCGAUUCAACUGUCGUACGUCUACUGCUAAACAACAAGCGUUUGAAAAUACAGAACCUAAUCUUUCGGGAACAGCUCGAUUCCAAAGAUUAAUUUUCGAUGAUCACGAACAUAUUUCAUCAAUAACAGAUAGUUUCGCCACUGAGUAAGAUAAAAUAUAUUCAUUUGAUUCAAAAAAAUUUGUACCGUACGAGCAGCAGUAAUUACAUUUAUUAUUGUGAUAUUGAUUAUCUUAGUUACAGCUAUUUCUGUCGGUAUUGUAUUUGGUACGAUAAAAUCUCAACGAAGUGCAUCCGGAACAGUGACAGAAAAUACUAAUCAAAAUUCAUGUAAAUGAAUAUUCUUUUUUGUCCUUUGAUUAACAAAGAUUAUUUAACAGGAAAAAUUUUUUCUUGUUUCACUAUCAACAAUAUCAACAACGAUUAUUGCUAACAGUGUUAGCAUAGGAAGUCAAACUGGAGCACCCUGCUUAUCAUAUACAACAAGUAAGAGAGAGUCCACGGCUCAGUCGAGAAUACCUGUCAUGAGAAAAUUUUUGACAUACCCUUUUUAUGGCUUCAAAAGAAAACCUGAACAAAAUUACCGAUAAAAACAAAAUUUUAGCCCGAUCGGACGUAAUCCUGAAAAAUGAGAGGUGAAAUACAAAGAGGGGGUGGGUCCGAUACUCAUAUAUCGAUCA